UUAUGCUUAUUAUUUAUAUUGCAGAUUGACCCACUGUCGCAACAUCUUUUCGCUCUGGAGCCUAAAAGAUGGCGACCUUUAAGAAUAAAGCUAUCGCCCGUUUUUACAUCCGGUAAACUAAAGGAGAUGUUCCCUUUAAUAUCGGAAUGCGCUGAGCAUCUUGAACAAUACAUAAAAAAGCUAGUAAACAAAAACGAGCCUAUAGAAUGUCGCGAAUUGACGGCUAAGUAUACGACCGAUGUAACCGGUACUUGCAUCUUCGGCAUCGAGAUGAACGCUCUAUCGGACGAAAACAGCGAAUUUCGCAGAAUGGGAAGAAUGUUCUUUACGCCAACCUGGAAAAAUACUCUGCGACUGAGAUUGAGACAAUGCCAUGACUCUAUAAAAUGGCUCUAUGAAAUGCUCAAUUAUAUCGUAACACAAACGGAGAUCAACAAAUUUUUCACACGCAUCGUCGUAGAAAUCAUGAAUUAUAGAGAAACAAAUAAUGUCAUUAGGCACGAUUUCAUUGAUAUGUUGCUCAAAUUGAAAAAAAAUCCAGAUAAAGUAGGCGAUAUUAAAAUGACUGAAAGCUUGAUAGCUUCUCAAGCAUUCGUAUUUUUCCUUGCCGGCUUUGAAAUUUCAUCGAUAACCAUGAGUAACACUCUUUACGAGUUGGCAUUAAAUCAGGAAAUACAAGACAAACUACGUGAGGAAAUUGAUGAAGAGUACACUAAGCACGAUAACAAUUUAACAUAUGAGAACGUAAAAAAGAUGAAUUACUUGGACAAAGUUUUCAAAGAGACUUUACGAAAAUAUCCGCCAACAACAUUUCUUACGAGACAAUCUACGUCAAGUUAUACUUUCGAUGGUACCACAUUAAAUAUACCAAAAGACCAAAAGGUGUGGAUUCCGGUUUUCGCGAUUCAUCGAGAUCCGGAUAUUUAUCCGAAGCCAGAUGUUUUCGAUCCAGAAAGAUUUACUGACGAAACAGUGCAAGCCAGGCACGCGAUGCAUUAUUUACCUUUUGGUGAUGGAUCAAGGAAUUGCAUUGGUACUCGCUUCGCUGUUUAUCAGACAAAGAUUGGUCUUAUAAAGAUAUUACGAAAUUAUAAAGUCGAAACUUGCGAUAAAACGCAAAUACCCUAUGUAAUUGAUUCUAAAACGUUUCUAUUAACAUCAAAGGGUGGAAUAUAUUUGAGAAUAACUAAAAUUAAUCAAGCUUAGUUCAAGCUUUGGCAUUUCUCUCAAGAAACAAAGGUGAAAAAGAUGAAAAAAUACAUCUUUAUUUUACAAAUAUCGUUGUAUUGUAACAUUUUAUGACGAUAUGAAUUAGUUAAUAAUUCGUUUUAAUUAUUUUUAACUUACGUUGUUGCGUGAUACGCAUAUAACAUAUAAUAUGUUUAAUUUUAAGUUUUAAUUAAUAAAGACGAUAUUAAGUGAGGAAAUUGGCGAAUAAGAGCGAAGGCGCGGUUAUAGGUGCGCAAAUUUUUUGUUGUUUA